UGUUGUAGCAACACCAACUGCCCUUAGGACAUUCCUCGGUGCCCACAGGGUACAGCAAGAGUCAUGUUCUCAAGACUGAGGAGUCUAUUUAGGAGAGCGGAUGGAGAACGUCCAGAGAACAGAGAGAGGCAGGAGGAGGCUGAUGCUCAGUUUGGGCGUAAAUCAGGAAGGAAUAAAUGGUUCUGGCGAAAAUGUAAUGCUGCUACGGUGCCAUCAUUCAAACCAAGGCCCCUUACCCAGAAACAGAUGCAGAAGGAAAUAGAGAGGCUGACCACGGAGCUGCAGGAGAUGACCAGCCAGAGAAAUGAGCUGCGAGAUCACGUGAUCUUUAUCAUAGAAGGAAAGGUGGAUGAUAGGCCCUAUCACCCGCCCAAUCCCCUGAAUGAGAAAGUGAAGCUGCAGCACAAACAGGCCUUGUCAGCACUACAGUGCCUGGAGGACGAGAACACCGAGGCCUCAGAACAGCUGAGCGAGCUGACCAAGGAGACCGUCCUGUAUCGCUGUCUGCACAGCAUGAUCCUAAUGCAGCAUAUGCAGCUGAAGAAGAAGGUGCACCUGCUGAGGCAGGAGAAAAAGAAAUUGCGGGAUUAUUGGGUCCUACUGAUGCAGCACGUAGAGGACUUGAAAGUGCUCUGUAAGGAUCAAGGAGAGAACAGUGCCGUCAACACCCAGCAACAACAGGAGCUCAAGGGAUUGGUGGAAAGACUUCAGUUCCUGCUGAAGCAGAAGGAAACAGACACCCAGAAAAAGGUCUUAGCAGAAAAGCUGCGGCAUCACUUUGAGUUCUCCCAGAUGAGGUCCAAAACACUCCAGCCUAAGGAGGAAGAGGUCACAGCCCAGGAUGAGAUCCCCUUGCAGAAGGAGCUGCUAGAGCAAGAGCCACCUGCUGAGCUCUAUUCCCAGCAACUACUAAAUUCCAGGGAUGAAUUUUAUUCUUCAAAUUUGGAUUCCAUCAUGGAAUUCACUGCUGUUCAUCUACCCACAGGGGCCGCUGGAGAGCAACCAUCUCCCCAAACCGUCCUCACCAAGAAGCAGAAGGUGAAGAGUCUGACCACUCAGCUACAGCAAAUGACCAGAGAGAGAAAUGAGCUGCGGGAUCACCUGAUCUCCAUCACUGAAGGACCCACGGACAAUAGGACCAGGCCCUAUCACAAGCCAAAUCCUUUAUUUGAGAAGCUGAAGAGAAAGCAUGAGAGAGUCAUGUCAGACUUGCAGCACUUGGAGGAUGAGAAGAACGAAGUCACAGAGGAAUUCAAUGAGCUCGCCAAGGAGUCAUUCUUCUAUUGCAAUCUGCAGUGCCAGCUCCUGAUGGAGAAGUAUCAGAUGGAGGAUAAGGUGGACUCGCUGAAGCAGGAGAACAAGAAAUUGCUGGAGUAUUGGGUCCUGCUGCAGAAGCACUUGGAGGAUCUGCACUUGGUCUUUCAGGACCAAGAGGAAGAGAACAGAGACCUGCAGACCCAGGAGCAUCAGGAGAAGCAGAGACUGGAGGAAAGUCUGCAGUCCCCAGUGAAGCAGAGGGAGCUCGUCAACCAGGAAAAGAACUUGGCAGUAAAUCUGCAGCAUCACGUGACUGUCUCCAAGAUGAGGUCAGAGAAUCUCCAACGUGAGCCAGAGCAACCCUCCGCACAGGAUGAGAGCCUCCCGCCAACAGAGCUGCUGCAGCAGGAGCACUAAGGGGCACAGGCAGCACCCUUUGGAGGACUGAGGAGGCCGAAGGAAGCCACAGACAACCCAAACCCAUUGCUCCACUAUAAGAUCAAGACCUCCUCAGACCAAGACAUGCCUUUCUAACUGUAGACUCAGCAUUGAGGCAAAUAUCAACCUCCUAUCUAUAGGUGAUCUAUCCCUAAUCUGAGCCUUGUGCCUGUUGGCUCACUGCUUCUGGAGUAAAAACCCUCAGAAAGAAGCUUGGCACACAGAACACCCCAUCAAGAAUGAUGAAGAAGCAGACAUCCCCCAAAAAGUGAGGCACAGCAGCAAGGAGGGAGGAUAUCGCUCUGCCCAGUUACUCUGAAAGCUUGUGGCUGUGAAUGAGUCUAAGAUAACUGGGUGCCUGACCUUCAAAGCCCCAAAGUGGCCUGGCUGCACUUGUCUUGAAAAGAUUAUGACAAUCUGUGCCUGCCUUCCUAUUUGUGCCCAAAGCUGACCAUAGGGUGGAACCGUGCUACUCAGUCUGCAUGAAGAAAAUGUUCUUUAGUGUAAAUUUCUUUGCUUGAUUUUUGGGUUUAGGUUUGUUUGCCUUAAGAUUUUUGUUUUCUUUGUUAUCAUUUGAGGUUUUGUUAUAUCUUGGUUCUUUAGUUCUUGUUUUUUAUUUGAUAUUUGCUAAGGCUAUAUAUACUGCAUAUACUGCAUCCCCUGUUUAAAACCCCAUUGAGUCAAAUGACUGUAUUUUCAUAAAUAAAAAAGCAAUUUCUAACUCUUCA